UGUGUGAGCGGCUGGCAAACACGGGCACAUGCGCACAGCUCCAUUUGCAUGAGCAGUGUACAUGUGCCUGCCGCACAUGCAAACGGAGCACACGUGCACACCCUCGCUGCUCGUGCAAGUGGGGAUGCGCCUGUGUGUGUGCCUGCUUUUUCCACGGCCGGGUUGCAAACACCCACUGGUGGGCUGUGGCCCAGAGAUUAGGGACUUUUGUCCUGGCCUAAAGGUAAAUAGAAAAGCCAGAGUUUUCAAGUCUGAUUUGCUUUAUAACCCUUUGUCACUUCCCCUCAACUGGUCUUGCUAGCUAACCCUCUGAACGUUGAAAUGCAAUGAAGCCAAGCAAGCUUCAGGUCCACCAAGUUCAGUGUGGACUUAGAAGGGAAAACAAAAAACCCCAUUGCUCCAGAGAUACGUAGCUUACCCAAGACAUUUGAGCCCACCCACAAUCUAGUUGCCUCUCAAUAGUAACGGAUCGGAACGUGUGCAGGGAGCCAUUGUGGUUAUCUUAUUCUUCACUGUGUCCUGGGAACACAAGACUUAGGAAACCACAUCCUGCCAGCAUAAACAUACAGUGAGAUUUUGCGAACUAGACUGAAUUCAAUUCAUUAAGCCGGGGAGUUUUCAAGCUGUUGGCUGUGAGUGUUUUCUUUGUUAUCUCCUUCGCUACUCAAGGUGACUGAAGUGUGGUGUGAUGCCAGAAGGAAGUGACACAACGGAAGUAGCAACUGAAGUAAACAGACCUGAAAUCAAGCAUUUCCAAAGCAAGUCUGGUGGGUUUGAAAAGGCCUUUUCUAUUCAGUCAGUUCUUUUGGCGUCAGCCAAGGACAAUGCUUUUGAAAAGGCCGCUUGCAGUUGCCCAAUUUUGCACCUCCAAAGAUGACAUUUUUCUCCUGAUUGAGGAUCCUGCCCACAACUUUUUUUUAAAAAAGCCAAGAAUCGGGGCCUGGAAUGAAAGUUGCAAUUUAGAACAGAAGUGGCAGAAGGAAAAUCCGUUUCCAAUCCACAGUCUUCGUAGGUUGGGGAUCUUUUCAUGUCUUCCCAAUGUCUUAUUAUUUCCCUGCACCGCGACCUGUUGCCCGAAUCCAGGCAAAUUUCAAGCAACUGGCGCCUUCCCAUCCAUUCCCUAAGACGCAGCAGCUUCAUUCCUCUGUCUGGGGCGUCCUUUGGAGACCUUGCUUUACUGGGCCGGGGAUGCGUUUUCAGCCUGCGCCUGAAUGUAACGUGUGAAGGGGGCCUUGUGCGCCAGAACUCAAGCUACCCGCUCUUCGUCCCCUCCUCCUCCUUAAUUCGCGUUUAGUCCGAAAAGGAGGGGCGCACUCCGCCCCCGCAGGCAGCAAACGCCAUCGGGCAGCGCGCCCAAGCCUUGCGUAGCCAGCCCGGAGGAGACGCGAACGUGGGAACGAGUGACCGGGUGGGCACAGGGCGACGGCGACGAUCUCCUCCUCUUCCUCUUCCCUCCCCCCCCUGCCUUUGGCCAGGCAAGCCAACCGGAGCCCCCCCCCCCUGGGAGGGAGGCAGCGGGGCGGCUGGUUUGCUUCUCCCGGAGCAGGGCGCGUUGCGAGCACCCCCCGGCGCGCCUCCGCGGAAAGGCAGCAACCGGCGCUCCUGCUCCGGGGGAGGAAGCGGCGGCGAGGCGAGGCGGGGCGGAGGACGGCGGGGAGAAGAAGCGAUGGCUCACGGCUGACCGCAUCCGCGCCGGCUCGGCUCGGCUCGCUCCGAAAUCCCGGCGCUUCCCCUGGCCGCCCAGCCUCUCCAUCUUGACGGCGGCCCCCAUGGCCUUCAGCAGCUCCUGGCAGCUGCUCUCGCCCGUGCAAUGGGCCAAGUGGACCUGGUCGGCCGUGCGAGGCGGCGGCCAGGGCGGCCCCGCGGACCCCCAGCCGGAGGAUGACCUCGACGCCGCCGGGGAGAGGGGCCCGGCGCCCGGGCAGGCGGAGGACGCGGAGGAGGAGACGGCGGCGCAGGCGGAGACCAAGUCGCUGAGUCUCAGUUCGGAUUCAGAAGCCAAUUUUGGGACUCCUGACGCAGAGACACCAAUCCAUUCCUUGGGGAAAGAGUUGGAAGACCUGGAUCUGGAACUGGAGGUUGGAUCCCAAGCAUCUCUAGAAGAUCAAUUUGUCUCCAAAGAGUUGGAGGAGACAUCAGCUUUGGCAGAGGAUGAAUUACAGACUGACUCAGCAAUUGUGCAAGCCAGUGGUCCAUUUACAUCAAAAGCCCACCUUGGAAUUGAUCAGGGUUCAUCCCUGUCUUCUUCUGCAUUAGAUGCUACGUCAUCUACGGAGGAGAAUAUUGGUUCAGUGAGACUCAAUCCAGACCAUACUUCAGACACACUAUCCCAGGAGGAACAAAGGGAAAUUUUGAAGGAAAGCCAAGAGACGCCCGUUCAGGAAUCUUCAGAGGUCAAGUCAAGUGUUGAGAACAUUGCAAAUAACAAAAGUAAGCUCCCCAGGGCAAAACCAAUUGCUCUUCAAAAGAAAAUGGGGGGAGAGACUCCCGAGACUGAAGUGACCACAGAAAGCCCCCCUAUUCCCAAAGCUACCUACCGCUUUGAUCCAGAGGAAUACAAUGAGACCGUGAACCCAUUUAUGAUGGGAGGCUCCAAAUGUCCAAACUCGCCCCCUGCAUCUCAGCCAGGUGCUGAUCUUCCAAAUAGUGACCCUAAGCAUCCCAGCUCAGCAGGAGCUGGAGAUUGCAAGACCCGGGCCGUGAAACUAGAGUUUGAUUUUGCCGAAGGAGCGGAAAACGUUGAGCCCAAGAAGCUUCCAACAAGAAAAAUGGGAAAGAGGCCUAGCAGCAAAUUGUCUCCUAAGAGACAAAGAGGACCUACCACCCGGCCUGUUGUAGGUCCUGAGGAUGGAGAGAAGACCACAGCUCCUGAUGCUUCAGUGGCACCUCUUACCAAGGCUACUGCGGACACCAGCCAGUGGGAUGAUCCUGCCUUUAACCCUUUUGCGGGCAAUUCUUCUUUGCAGGAUUCUCCCACACUCACAAAACGUUCCUAUCAACUAGACAUGACAGAUCCUUUCAAGCCGAAUAGCAAGACUUUGUCCACUGUAGGAGCCGAUUCUUGUCCUUCCGCAGAGAACAGUCUCAACGAGAUCUUGGAGUCGCAAGCCCGAGAGGCUGCAGGGGAUGAUUUGAAGACAAGCUUGGUCCCCCAGACCUCCAGGUCACGGCUGAUAACGACUACAGAACAAGUGAAAUUUCUCUGUUUUCUGUUGAGUGGCUGCAAGGUGAGAAAGUAUGAAUCUCAUCCUUUGGCCCUGGAUGCUUGUGCUCAGGGUGAAGAUGAAGCAGCACUUAUUUCCAAAAUCCCAAAUCUUCCCAGCCAGGACGGGCACGCUACCGAUGAAGAGAAACUGGCUUCCACCGGUCAGAAGCCAGCUGAGCUGGAGGUAAAAGGUGAGCCCGAGGAAGACCUGGAGUAUUUUGAGUGUUCCAAUGUGCCCGUGUCUACCAUAAAUCAUACGUUUUCAUCCCCAGUAGAAGGUUCCGAGAAGGAAUCUUUGUGCAAAUUGGAAGGGAAGACUAACUCCACUGAGAUCUCAAGUGAUCCUGAACUAUGUUCAGUGGAAAAGGCUCCUGGAAGUACACCAGCCAGCCUGAGGGGAGGGGCUGAAAGUCCCCUGGAUGCCAUUUGCCUCAGUGAAUCUGACAAGACAGCAGUGCUGACUCUGAUCAGAGAAGAGAUUAUCUCUAAGGAAAUUGAGGCCAACGAAUGGAAGAGAAAAUACGAAGGAAGUCGGCAGGAAGUUUUGGAAAUGAGGAAGAUUGUGGCUGAAUAUGAGAAGACAAUUGCACAGAUGAUAGAGGACGAGCAGAGAACCAACAUGGCAUCCCAGAAGGGUCUCCAGCAGCUGACCAUGGAGAAAGAACAAGCCUUGUCUGACCUGAAUUCGGUGGAGAGAUCUCUGUCCGAUCUAUUCAGGAGAUACGAGAAUCUGAAGGGAAUCUUGGAAGGUUUCAAGAAGAAUGAAGAGGCCUUGAAGAAGUGCGCUCAAGAUUACCUCAAUCGCGUCAAGCAAGAGGAGCAGCGCUACCAGGCCUUGAAAAUCCACGCAGAGGAGAAGUUAGACAAAGCCAAUGAAGAGAUUGCUCAGGUGCGUACGAAGUCCAAAGCUGAGAGUGCAGCUCUCCAUGCCGGACUUCGAAAAGAACAAAUGAAGGUCGACUCUCUUGAAAAGACCCUCCAGCAGAAGAACCAGGAAAUUGAAGAGCUGACCAAGAUCUGUGACGAGCUAAUUGCCAAGUUAGGAAAGACCGAUUGAUGACCCAACGUCUAUCAUCUUGGUUUCUCCCUGCUGUCUGUCUGUAUCUUCCAGCAAGCAUCUUGCCUUACUUUCUUUCCAGAAAUAAUCUUUUCCUUCUUCACGGCAGCAAGAAAAAGCACAUGCUUCUGUUAUCAAAGGACUACCAUCUGCAAGAGAACUGAUGAUUGCCCGGUGCUCAUUUCCUGCUGUGUAAACCUCCUUUGUCUAUUCAGUAUUUGCAGGCUCUCCUGACUGCAUGAAGCCAACGGACAGAAGCAGGGACACAAUGUUGAUGGUUUUGCACAGAAGAGUUUCUGCACUUGGUUGAGGCUUUGGCCCACAGAAGCUGCUGUAUCAGUGCCUCAAGGACAGUCACCUACAGAGAGAGCAGCAUUGCAGAUAAUUCAGUGUGAAGACCAGCUUAAUUGAAUACGUUCCCCUGCUUGCACUAGUACCAUCCCAGGAAGGACACAAGUGGAAUAUGAUUUCAGCUGCCUCUAAAAGCACAAGGGGCAAAGCCAAGGCAGAGGCCAUUGUUCCUCAAAGGGAAAAUGUCCAGAUGAAAAGGAAUUAGUAUUCCUGGGAGCAUGGCAUCUUUGCAAAUCGCAGUUAGCCAUGGAGAAAAGGAACUCCUUGUCUUGACCCACACAGAGCUUGAGGCGCCUCGAUUCAUGGUGUCAUGAGCUGUGUAAAUCUGAAAAUAUAGGCCACGAGAAAUCCACAAAUCCUACAGGCAGCCUUCAGAGUCCUGCGUGGUUACAAGACAUGAGGACUUUGAGUUUAGCUGUUCUCCCAGCCAUGGUGGCGCCAGAUUGGGGGGUUUGGGAUGCUGGAAUCUGCCUCUCUGAAAAGCACUUGGGAUGGGGAAGUUAAUAUAAGGUGCCACGAGUCUCUUAAAAAAGGUUUGGGAUUUGACGUAGUGCACUUUAAGGCAACAGUAAGAAUGUAGCGGUCCACCAUUCACCUGAAGAGAACAUGCACAGAGUGAACAUAAAUGAAGAAGAGCAACUGUUAGAAAUCCCUAAAGACAACACGCAGAAACCCACACACAGACCCAGCACAAACACACACACACACACCAACCAUUCCUUGUGUUAGCAGCCAUGAGUCUCUACAAGAGGUACGGCCAGCCGGUUUGGGAUUUGACGUAGUGCACUUUAAGACAACAGCAAGAGUGUAGCGGUCCACCAUUCACCUGAAGAGAACAUGCACAGAGUGAACAUGAAUGAAGAAGAGCAACUGUUAGAAAUCCCUAAAGACAACACGCAGAAACCCACACACAGACACAGCACACACACACACACACCAACCAUUCCUUGUGUUAGCAGCUUUCUCUGUCCAGACAAAGAGCAGGGAAUGGAACACAACGGAGAGCAAGUGAAGAAAUACACAUCAAAUCUCCUUCUUCCAAGUUCUGAUGACUGAAGCUUCUUCCCAUGCCUUUUUUUUUCUUUUUGGGAUAUAAUUUCAAAAACUAAAAUCAUUUGCAAAGAACAUUCCCUACUCAUAGUUGAGAUCAUUCAAACGGAUAUCUGACCAGGAACUGCAAUUGUCCUGGCAAGUUUUGCGAUAACCACAAAAAUGUCAUCAGCCAAGUGUUCUUGCCUUUGGGCUUGAGACCUUUUCAGAUUUUCCCCUUUUAUGGUGAAACAUCGGACCCUUGUGAUUAAUCCACUAAGGAACUCUCAGAAUUGAUAUUCAUAAAGGCCCCAAGUUGCUCCAAUCCAGAUCUUGGAGCUGCCGGUCCCAGAACUGAGAUUCAUAAUUGCAACACAUCUACAAGGUGCCCUUUGGGAUGGCUGGUGUGAACAUUUUGUUGUAUCAUGUUGGUGUUGGCUUCUUGCCUACUCUGGCUGUAUCAAGUAAACAAUGGAGAUUUUUCUCUGCCUGCGGAUUCAAAGCUUGCGGUGACCAGGUAUUGAAAUUCGUAGCACAGAUCCUCUAUGGCUAUUCCACUUGGGCUGAUUUUUUCAUGAAGUCUUGCUGUAAAAAGGGAGUUCCAGAGAUCAAUCCAUUCUGUGGAUUGUUGUCUUUCUUAGUCACACAUGGAGAGAAGCUACACUAGGGAACCAUCCAAAGCCAUCAUGCAUGGAGAGAAAAGCUCCAUUUCUGGGGUCUAUCAAAAUGGUCCAUGUCUCCAUCUUGCAAUUUCUGAACAUGUUGUGAGGGUUUUAGGCUAUUUUCUCCAAGCUAUUGCUCUCCAGAACUGUUGUGUGGCAAUGUCCACUAUUCCCAGCCAGUGCUGGCUGGAAAUAAUUGGAAUUGUGGUGCAACACACCUAGAGAGGACCCAAUGAGAAGCUUCUAGCCUUCAGAGAUACAGAAUGAAAUCUCUCAUCCGACCAAUACAAACCCCUCUAUUUCUGAGGGGGAUGUGCCAUUCCUGAGUAGGAACUCUACUUUCAAGCAUGUUUGAAACCACUUUCUCAUACUGAUGUCUCAUGAGAUUAUCUUUCAACUGAAAAUUGUCCUCUGCACUUUGCUAUCACACAUCACUGGUCCAACUGCUGUGCUGCUGCUUCCCAAUGAGGUGGCUAUCGUCGAACAGAGCCGAGAUACAAUCAAAAGUUUAUACCAGGCCAAAUUCCUUGGACCCAGAGCUUUUGGGAUCUUGGCAUAUCAGAUCUGGAUAUGGAUCUAGGAACUUUUGUUGGCCUCAUCACGCAAAAGAUUCUGCCCUGUGGAAUAGCAUUUGGAAGAGUUGUCUUGCUAUAAUUUUGGGAGACCUGUUUUCAGUUCCCAUAAAACAAUGGUCCUACAGGUGAGGUGUUGAUCACUUUAGCAGCUGUACUAGUGGCAUCCUUCAGCUGACUCAGGGAUGGAGAUCUUGUGGCCUUCAAGAGGUUCAAUGGAGUUGCAUCAACCCCAAUUUGGCAGGAAUGAUGGGAACUAAAAAAACCUGAAAGCAAGCAAUCCUGUGUCUUCUUCCCGAGCUUCAUGGUUUAACACCAUCCUCCAGCUGUUGGCUGGGUAUUCAGUGGUUGCACUUUUGUCUGUGGUGUGAUUUGUGUAGGUGUGUGUCUUCACCUGCAUACUGUGCCAAAUGCUCUCUUGUUUUGUGCCUCUGAAGCAUGCCACUAAAGGGUGGGCAAAGAAGAUUCCUAAGGAAUGGUAUUAUUAACUAUAAUAUGGUUAUUAUAGUUUGUUCAGAUAUGAAAAUUUUGUGUGCGCGCAUGGGUGUGUCUGUUGUAUAUUUUGUGUGCUGGUAUGUGGGUGUGGGAUUGAAGUCUGUAGACCUGUUGCACCUCAUAUAGCAUUGUGUGGCAAAGUGCUACUCAGACUGGCUGCUAAUUCUCUCCGUAAAAUCUCCUCCAUCUCCAGCUGUAGCUUCCGCCAAUCUGUCCUGUUUCCAAAAUGACUUGAAAGAAGAGCCCUGCUCUUAACAAUUGCAUGCUUAAAAGCGAUAUGACGCACUGCAGAUCACCGACAUCUUUCCAGCAGCACCUGGUUGAUUGCUUAUCCUAUGUAGGUGUCUCACAUGAUCCAUUUUCAGCCAGAAAGAAGCUGCAGGCAAACACCAUUUGUUCCAUAAUCGUUCACAUUGACUGAAGUCGCCCCACUUUUACCCUGUUCUUGUUUUUGAGCUGUCUAAACACUUUACAGAGCUUCGGCCACUUAAAGCACACAGCUGCAACCCCAUCACUUGCAAGAGAGAUUAUGGGUUUAUGAUGAUCUUCACGGUGAAAGUGUUAAUAGAAGAGGUUGCUAUCUCUACCUGGAGAUGUGAAAGGGAGAUGUUUUGAUGGCCCGUUCUGCAUCACCACCUUGGCCUCUUCCAUGCCUUCUGGGCUUUGGCGCCCAACAUUUUUGAAAGGUUGCUGUGUUAUAAAAGGCAACGCUAGAAUCUAUUUUUUGCAUGGAAAAGGAUUUGUGGAAGACAGGAUGGGUCUUAUGACAGCUCGCCCUAGCCAACUCGCCAUGGCCAUCUCACUUUAGCCAACUUGGCUGUGAUCAACUCGCCAUGACCAACUCAUCAUGGAACAACUUACUGCAGGACAAGGGUUACAUUAAUAUUGAGACGUUAAAAUAAUUCUUAAAAUUAUUUUAAAGAAUUCAAUUGAAUUGUUGAAUUGUCCCACGAUGACUUGAUCCAUGGCGAGUUGUCCUUCGUUGUGUUGGCCAUGAUGAGUUGACCGUGGUGGGUUGGCCGAGGCAAAUUGUCCCAUUCCGGGGCAGGACAUUCUCCAAAACAAUCCACCAUAAAUCUACAAUGCCGGUUGUAUCACGAGGAUACACGAGUCAGUGACAUUACUGAGUUAGUCAUGUAUCAAGGAUCAACUCUAGCUUUGGGGGGGGGGAGUCCAAUUUCCUGUAUCCUUUCUUGACAGCUGAUUAUGGUUGGAAGAUCCACUUUAAUUCCAGAUCACAAUGAAUGAGAUGUCUUUCUUUCUGGCUCUUAAGCAUCUCUUCCUUUCUCUCUUUUUUUCAUUGCAAUCACCUUUUGCACAAAGGAGUUAGCCUACUCCUAUGAAGCGAGUUACUGCUAUCCGUCUGGGUACAAAUGCUGAGAGCAUUUGCCUGUGCCACAGGUUUAUUUGGUUUCCAUAUUAUCAUCCAUCAAAGAGUGCUCCAGUGCCUGAUCCAAGGCACUUUGCAAGCUUUUAUGGUGGGGAGAGUGGAGAUCUCUAACUUGCCAGCUUUACAUAUUUGAUAUAUAUAUAUAUAUAUAUAUAUAUAUAUACAGUAUAUGAUAAUCUCCCUUUUCUAAGUCAGGUACAUAUUUGUAAGAGUUAUACUUCCCCCUCCCUAUAAAAUAAAAUUGAUCGUUAAUAUAUUUUUCCCCAUCCUCUCCACUGCCUGAAUAAAACCAAUGUUCUUUCCCCUUGGCUACAAUACAUAAUUUGUAUGUUAUUUAUUUCUAACACUGACAGACAUCUACAGAUUUUGAUACCUAUAUAUACAUACUUACAACUAUGCAAAAGCACAACAUCUACAUGAAACAAUGUGGCACACUUCUCCACAAGGCUGAAUGUGUACUUCAAUUUUAUGCGCAACUGUUUACCGUGUAUAUGGCCGGUGCAGAAAGGUGGAUACCUUUUGAGUUAAAUGCUUGCAGCAACCAAUUAAACAUCUUUCUACUCUU